AUGGCACCAAAUCUCCAAAGUGGUGCCUCUCUUUCUCAAAUCAAAGAAAAACCUUCACAGCAACUUGAUCCAGACUCAGAGAUUGGUGACCAAUCAACGGCAGUCUCGGGCAGUGCUGGUGAGGAGGUGAGAAAGGCAGCAUCUGAUGCAGAUACUGACAAACUAUCACAGGACAAGGCAAUCACUUUGCGCUCUACAACUCGCAAAAGUGAAGUGGAUGCAAGUUCAGAGGCACAUCCAACUGAUCUAAGUCAAAACCAUCAGACCCUGGCACAUUCCAAGAGGAAUGAUGGAGAAAAGAAGCCUUUAAGUUGUCCCCAUUGUGAGAAAACCUACACCCGUAUUAACCAGCUCAAUGCCCACAAAAGAAUCCACAUGAGAGGAAGUAAGUUGUACAAGGACAACAACGGCAGUACAGAUGGUGCAAAAGGCAAAGGUCGUAAAGUUCACAAGUGUCCCAUCUGCCAUGCAUUAUUUUACAAUUACAAGAAGUUUUGUGGCCACAGAGGCGCGCACAUUGCGCACAAGACAACACAGUUCAGGAAAUACAACAUGGCAUCACAGGAGAGCAACUGCAAGGAGUCAUCACAGAGUAAACCGAAGGUCUUGGAACCAAAAGUAACAGAUUCCACCUCUGCAGGAGGCUCCAAAAAACUUGCUGGCAAGUUUACUUGCAAAUUCUGUCCUGAAACAUUCCAGAAUGUCGCGCAGUUGAGAAAUCAUAUCUUGGUCACCCAUCCAAUGACCAAGGGCAAGCCUUUCCUUCUGAAGCCAUUCACAUGCGAGCUCUGUGGCAAGUCCUUCACUAAGUCCAAAACAGCGACAACUCCACAUGAAGCUUCAUGGCAAAAGGCGCCGCCGCCGAUUUAA